CCGAGUUGCAAACCGACCCACAGGGAUCGCAGCCAGGCGCCGCCCGGUGCCGCCGAGUCUCGCAUCUUCAUCGAGCCCGCAACGCGGCUGCAGCCUAGGCGCGCCUGCAGCACAUCCCAGAGUGAUCUGAGGUGCUUGCACAUCGCCAGCAGCCCCUCCCGAAGCCGCGGCGUGCCUUGUCCACACACCUUCCGCCCCACCGCCACCUCGGUCGCCGUCCCGUCGCCGUCCCGCCGCCGCUGGCCGCCCUCUUCCGUCUUGCCACACCAUGGCCACCAUCUGGAGCAUCAUCGCCUUCUGGAUCCUGCCCAUCCCGCUGGUGCUGUUCACGCUGCUCACGCUGCCACUCCCACGGAACAUGCGCCGCGGGCUGCUCAUCUUCACGCAGCGAGUGUUUGAUGUGCCGGUGGUGGGCGCCUUCAAGCUGCUGCACGUCAUGCUGUGGCUGACGGCAGUCGCGUUCCUAGGCAGCGCGCGCCAGGCGCACAUGAUCAAGACGGCAGGGCAGGAGGCGGUGUGGACCACUCCCAACAUGGAGAUCAGCCACCUGAGCAAGCGCUGGCGCUCCGAGCGCAACCUCUGGAUGACCGCAUUCGCCUUCUGCGCUUGGGUCUUCCUGGCUGCGCUGUAUCGGGAGGCGUCCCGCCGCCUGGACCUGGAGGCACGGCUGUCGGAGAUGGAGCGCUCGGACUUCACAGCCACCGAGACGCGCGAGCCGUCUGUCAGCCGAGAGGUCACCUCCAAGGCCGCCGCCGCCGCCGCCGCCAGCCGCGACCGCACCCCCACCGCCGGCUCGCCCAACAAGACUGCUGCCACCGCGGCGCACCCCGCGGCCGCAGAGCUGGUGGGGUCUGCGGCCGGAGGGAGCUCGCCGCCAGGCGGCAUCCAGAUGCAGGAGCUGAAAAAGACGGCCUGA